AUGAGCGCCGGCCGGAACAGCCCGCAGAGUCACGAUGACGAGAGCCACCGAGACGAUGGGCAUAAUAACAGCGAUACGGGCUUCCCAGACAUUUCGGACCCGACGACACCAAACCAGUUCAACAGUAACGAAGGACCUUCAUUAGACGAGUCUUUUGAUUCUCUAAUCGGUCGGACGUUUGAGAAGUUCUUUCGCAAUGUUCAUCACAUCCCCUCCUUCGAUUUCUUGCAUCGCGCAUCCCUCAUGGGCCAAUAUCACUUAGGCAAGGUCGAUAGACCGCUUCUCCUUGCCUUGGUUGGUGUCACAACCUAUUUGACAGACAUGGGGCCGGGUCUGCGAUCGUAUGGCGCCCGGUGCAUAGAUGAAGCCGAAUCUCUAAUUCUUUCUGACUACGCUCGCCCUUCCACCAUCAAAGUCCAGGCUCUUGUCCUCAUGAUCAAAUACCGAAUCUUGUCCAACCGGUUUCAAAGCGCCUUCUUUCUUCUUGGUAUUGCAUCACGGUUUGCUGUAGCUUUGAGGCUAAACUACGAUUCACCCAACGUUUGUUUUCUUGCCCAGGAAUCCAGAAGACGGCUUAUGUGGGCAAUAUACUGUAUCGAUGCCGGCAUCUCAGGCGGCAACCGGGAUUAUUCGCUCUGGCGAUCCGAUAGACUAUUUCUAGGGCUUCCAUGCAACGAACGAAACUUCGAGUUCGAUCUCCCUCAGGAAACGGAGAAGCUCAUCCCGGAUCCCGAUCACCAGCGAUCACCACAGGCUGAGGACAUUGGUAGUGUUGCGCUUCAUAUACGUAUCCAGCAUAUACGUCACAAGAUCAGCGAAUUCACAAAGGAGGCUCUGGGGAAUCGCGACGUGAAUCCAAGAACCCUCCAAACCAGCGUCCUCUCUCUUCACGGCGAACUCGAAGAUUUUGCUGCCCACUUACCUACAUCCUUCCAGUUUUCUGAGAAAUCUUUACAACUCCGCGCUUACUCCCCCCGAAUCUGUGUAUUUUUGAUGAUACAUAUAUGGUGGCGCCAAUGCCAUUGCGAUUUGUAUCGUCUCGGCCUUGUCGGACUACGAGAAGCUUUAUCGCGGUCUGUUCUUGAGAACUUUGAUGAGAGCUUCAUUGAACACUGCCAGCGACAAUGCGUCGACCACGCCAUGGCCAUGGCUAAUAUUUUCCUGUCAAUGCAGAAACUUCAUGCAAAGCCUGUCGCUGACCUCGAUCUCGCUCUUUGCGCGUACCAAUGUACGAGGAUGCUGAAGUAUGCUUACCAUGCGAAAUCUGGCAAUCUCAAUCUCACUCAAGAGAAUGUCAUGGAGCAUUUUAAAGUCUGCUUGCAAGCUGUCAAAGACUGUUGCAUGGGUACUGCCGCCGCUGGAAUCAGAUCCGACAUUGAGAAGGUCAUUGCACAGGGACUUGGGCCCCGAACUUCGCCUUCUCGCAUGACACCCCCCGACCUUAACACAACUGCCAACCUGAACAGCCGACCAAGGCCCCCAGCAAACAACACUGCCACUCCUUCAUCUCGGCCUUCCCUCUUCAAGGAUAUUGAGGUUCCUGACGACGGGUUUUCAACAACCACAUCCGCCCCCGCGAACCGUGCAAACCCUCCUCGCGAUAAUUUCCCCCCUGUACAAACCAAUGUACCUAGCGUGCCUCAAGCCAUCAUGACUGACGCCUGGACGCCGCCAACUGGAGAUGGGGACGUAGAUAUCACUCUCAAUGAUGCCCACUCUGAGACACUCGGUGCUACUCCGUCCACUCAUGGACUUGCCGCACCUGGUGGACCUUCAGAACUCAACAACGCCUUUGAAGGUGCAAUGGAUGGCCUGGGGUUGGAUCAUGGAUGGGAUCAUUCCCUGGGCAUUGAUGUGAGCAUCUGGGGUGCUAAUAACGGCGACUGGAGAACCAACGAGUUCAUGAAUGGUGGUUCAGGAGUUGGAGUAUAG